CAAUAAAUGAAAGGUUACUAUUUUUAUUUCUUGUGGCGACAUUAUUUGCUGUUUUCGUCGCCAGUCAGUGCCUUAUACCCGCCUUGUGCGUAAGUCCCAUUCUAGCGCAGCAAUUCAUUGCAACAUGCACUUGUUUCGCCAUUGAUAUAUGUACAUUGUUUUAAAAUAAUUAAUAUUUAUUUUUCGGAAAUUUGAAGAAUCCAUUAAAAACUUUAUGAUGAAGGCUCUAGUAAUCGGUGAUUCAAUGAUAAAAUAUUUGAAACCCCAUCUCCCUGAUGUAAUAUUGGGUCACAAUGUGCAACUUGAAAGCUUUCCUGGAUUUCAAAUUAAAGGUUUAAUGGAGAAAAUCAAGGAAUUCAGUGGAUUUGGUGUUAUUGUACUACAUAUUGGUUCUAAUGAUUGCUUUGUGGAUGCUAAGACCAAUAUUACAGAGUAUGAAAAAUUGCUCCAGGAAAUUUUGUUAAAAAAUCCUGGUUGUGAAAUUUUCAUCACAAGGAUUUUGACUAGAUUACCUAGUCAGUACCUCGAUGUGAAACAGAGACUUUCAGAGUGCAUUAGACUAAGGCAGUGGAACAAGAAUGUUAAGGCAUUGAAUGAAAUGCUGGACAUUCUUUCAACAAAUAGCCCUAAUCUACACUUUUGUUCCUCUCCAAAAAUAAAUUGGAAUAGGUAUUUAGCAUUGGAUGGAGUACACUUCAGUAGGUUUGGAAAUGAUGCUUUUGGACAAUACUUAACGUUUAUCCUUUCUGACUACUUUGCCUGGGUUACGAAAUCCAAAACAGGGUGCAGAGGAAAUGUUUAAUAGCGGCAAAGUCUCCGGUCAACUUGCUUGUUGCGUCUGAAUUAUUUCUUUUUAGAUUCGCUGAGGUGAGCCUCAGGAUCCAAAUUUACAAACAUUUAUUUAGCCUAGUGAUGAAAGCUGUGGCAGUCUGUCAUAAUUAGACAUCUUGUCUGUCCCAAGUGAUGAAAGUUGGUUCGAUCAGCUAUAAAUUCAAGUCCAUUUAAUUUUUGACAGAGACAUGUAAUAAGCUUCUGUGAUGCCUUUUGAAGGGAAAAAGUAGUGUUAGAAUGUAUUUGUAUGUCAUCUUUGAGUGUAUAUAAUAAAAUUGUUGUGUUUGGUUUUUAUUCAACAAUUACUGUGUUUAUAUACGUGUUUUUUUAAUAAAUUUUCAAUUCUCA